AUGCGUCUCAUCGCCCACUUUGCUGCGGCAGCGGCUUGCUGUCUUGCUAUAGCUACCUCCCAAGCAGUGCCGAAGACGUAUUUUAUCGAGUUGUCCAAGGACUCUACGGCCGAAGGGCUUAGCAUCAGUCCGUAUGAUCUCGCCAGCAAGGCAGCCGAAGCGUCUAUCCCGCUACGAGUGCGAUAUGAGUACACCGACAAGAGUGUCUUUUACGGCGUAUCGGUCUCUCUGGACAGCGACUCGGACAGUGAAAAGUUGCGAGCUCUGCCAGGUGUCGAGAAUGUCAUUCCCGUCCAGAGCGUGGCGCACCCUCAUCGCCCAAGCAGCAACGUGAAGAGGUCUCCUUCCAGCGGAAAAGGUAGCGGAAAACACGCCAACCGUAACUAUGAAGGCAGCAGAGACCAGUCCAAAUAUUCGCUCUCACGGAGGGCGGACGUCGACUGGAAUAGCCCUCACGCCAUGACGGGCGUCGACCGCGUUCACGCAAAGGGCGUGCUCGGCGAGGGCGUACGCGUCGCGGUCAUCGACACGGGAAUCGACUACCUGCACCCCGCCCUGGGAGGAUGCUUCGGAAAAGGAUGCAAGGUCGAGUUCGGCUACGACUUUGUCGGCGACGAUUACGGGUUCAGCAACUCCACUCCGAACCCGAGCCCGGACCCAAGGCCGGGCUGCUUUGACAGCUUCCACGGCACCCAUGUCGCCGGCAUUAUCGGCAUGGAGGUUUCCUCAAACGCCUCCAUGUUCGCCGGUCUCGUUGGCGUCGCUCCUAGGGCGACGCUGGGCAUGUACCGCGUCUUUGGAUGCGAUGGGAGUGCGUCGGAUGAUGCUAUUGUUGCGGCUAUGCAGAGGGCCGUUGAGGAGGGUGCUCAUGUUGUGAGUAUCUCGAUUGGGGAGUUUGGGACCUGGUCGGGCUACCCCGGGUCGAUUCUCCCUGCUGCUGUCACCGCGCUGAGAGCAAAGGGCGUUGCUGUCAUUGCUGCUGCUGGUAACUCUGGCACACAAGGCAUGUUUUCCAUCAACUUGCCAGGCGGAGCGGAUGACGGACUCGGUGUUGCGUCGGUGGAGAAUGCAAAGUUUCCAACGUACCCGGUCCGUGACUCGAAUGGUGCCGAGUUCCACUACGGAGCGUUGUAUCCCUUUCCGGAGGGUGAGUAUCCAGUAGCUUGGGCCGGGAGAAACACGUCCACGUAUAAGUUUGGCUGCUCGGCUUCCGACUACCCGCCAGCCAGUAGCCUCCAGAGGCCGAUCUCCGAGUACAUUGUCGCCGUCAAGAGAGGGCCUUCGUGUUCACCGACACAGGUCCAGACAUAUGCCUCUGCGGCAAACUUCACUCGUGUCAUUACGUACCCGGAUCCCACCAUCGAUGAUGUUUUCAUUGAAGGCCACGCUGUGCCCACGCCCUCUCUUACUGCGGAUGGUUACGUCUACUCCAUGGGCAGCGUGAUUGACGAAACACUCUCGAACGCGGCCAAGAGCACCGGACAGUACAAGUUGCUUGUUGAGUCCCAGAUGCCUCUUCUGGUGGAUCAACUUGGCGGCGGAUCUCCAAACAACUUCAGCAGCCUCGGACCCAACGCCGACUUCGCGUUCAAGCCUCAAAUAGCCGCCCCAGGUGGAGUGAUCUUAGCCACGUUCCCGCUCAUGGAGAAUAGCGGCGGUUUCGGCAUCAUCAGCGGGACGUCCAUGGCGACGCCUUACAUCUCUGGUGUAUAUGCUCUGAUCAAGUCACAGAACCCCGACUUGUCUGUUGAAGAGAUCUUUGAGCGGAUGCAAACCACUGCGAAGCAAGUUAACAUGGCAGACUAUGAUUUGAUGUCGCCUGCAAUUCAACAAGGCGCAGGUCUGGUUCAGGCCCAUAAAGCCGUGUUUCCGGGAACGGUGGUAUCUCCAGGGGAGUUCAAGUUGGUUGAUGUCGAAGAGGCUAUUUUCACCAUCGACAACCCGUCGGAUACCGACGUCACAUACAGCUUCUCCAACGUGCCUGCGGCUGGUGCAGCACCAUUCCCGGAGGGUUCGAGCCGUACCGCGCAAGUCGGCUACAUCCCUUCGUCCUUCUCAGCCAAGAUCGACUUUGCGAGCGGGAGCCAACUCACCGUCCCAGCCGGCGGCUCCGCCAACGUCUCGUUCUCAGUUACACCCCCAUCAUCACCAAACGCCGGCCUCGUCCCACUCUUCUCCGGCUUCAUCGGCAUCUCUUCCUCCACCAACGAGACCUUCACAAUUCCUUACAUGGGCCCAGCCUACAAAUACAGCAGCACACCUGUCAUCGGCACGAAGAACAUCACGGCGGAGCAGCGCGCCAACGCCCUGACGCCGACGCGCGAUCCCCUCUCGGCUCCGCAGGUCUUUUCCAACGGCGAUAAAGCCGACAUUGGCAACUACCGCGCCUUUUCGUUCCAGUAUCCGGAUUACCCGGUCGCGCUCUUCACCUCGCUGCAGCCGGUGCGCAAGUUCCGCUUCGACAUUGUGCGCGCGAGCACAAAUUUCACGCCGACAUGGUACGGCUUCGAUCCCAACGUCGACUUUGAUAAUCUCACAGAGACGUCGAUGAAGGAGAAUGCUACGGUUGCCGGCGUGCCAAUACUCGGAUCCAACAUGAUUCAGAAUGGAUGGUUGCCGCAGACGAGUCACCAGGCCGGGUGGUCGUAUAGUAUUCUUGAUGCUACCGCUACGAUAGGCUUGGGGUUGAAGAAGGGGUCGUAUCGUAUAUUGCUGAGAUGGCUCAAGUUUUACAAGGACGAGGAGGAUCCUGCGUCGUGGGAUAGCUGGAUGAGUGGCGUUGUUGAUGUUUUGGAGGAUGUUUUCGAGCCAACAGUUCCGUCGUAG